AUGUCUUUACAAAAAGUAAAAUUAUCUGAAAAUAUGGAAAACAUUUCAUUAAAGAGUCCAAGAAAGGUUUUGACUGAGAGCGCACAUAACGUUCGUAAAGUUACUUUAAAUGACGAGGAUUUUAGUAUACCUGCCAAAACUUGUAAAAAUGAAGACAAUACAGCUUCAAUUGCAAAUAAAGCAAGUGGAGCCCCAUUUGACCCAUCUAUUGAACCAUUACUUAAGGAUAAUCCAAGACGGUUUGUUAUAUUCCCUAUCCAAUAUCAUGAUAUUUGGGAAAUGUACAAGAAGGCUGAAGCAUCUUUUUGGACAGUUGAGGAAGUUGAUCUAUCAAAAGAUAUGGCAGACUGGAACAAAUUAACUUCCGGGGAACGUCAUUUUAUAUCACAUGUUCUAGCAUUUUUUGCAGCUUCAGAUGGAAUUGUAAAUGAAAAUCUUGUUGAACGUUUUAGCCAGGAAGUACAAGUAACCGAAGCUCGUUGUUUUUAUGGAUUUCAAAUAGCUAUGGAAAAUGUUCACUCGGAAAUGUAUAGUAUUCUAAUUGAUACAUAUAUUAAAGAUCCGAAAGAAAGAGACUUUCUUUUUAAUGCAAUUGAAACAUUACCGUGUGUUAAGAAAAAAGCUGAUUGGGCACUAGAAUGGAUUUCAAGUAAAUCUGCUAACUAUGGAGAACGUAUUAUUGCAUUUGCAGCUGUUGAAGGAAUAUUCUUUAGUGGUAGUUUUGCGUCAAUAUUUUGGUUAAAAAAACGUGGCCUUAUGCCAGGAUUAACAUUUUCAAAUGAAUUGAUUUCAAGAGAUGAAGGAUUACAUUGUGAUUUUGCAUGUUUAAUGUUUAAACAUUUAAUACAAAAACCAAGUAAAGAAAGAAUUAUUGAAAUUAUAUCUGAAGCUGUGAAAAUUGAACAAGAAUUUUUAACUGAUGCAUUACCUGUAAAUUUAAUUGGUAUGAAUUGUACUUUAAUGUCACAAUACAUUGAAUUUGUUGCUGAUCGAUUGCUAAGAGAGUUGGGAGUUGAAAAAAUUUAUAAUACACCAAACCCUUUCAGUUUCAUGGAAUUAAUAUCAUUAGAUGGAAAAACAAACUUUUUUGAAAAAAAAGUUGGGGAAUAUCAAAAAUGGGGAGUAACAGCAAAUCCAUUAGAUAAUGUAUUUACUCUUGACGCAGACUUUUAAAGAGGUUUAAAAAUUUACGUUUGCAAGAUGUAUUAGAUUAAAUGUUUCACAAAAAGGUAUGGGUGAAUUUUAAAUUAAAUGAAGUUAAUUUUAUUUAAAUUUUAAGGUUUUAUAUAAUGUAUAUUAGUAUAAAGCUCAAUUUUAAUUAUUCUAAUUUUUGGAGCAAAAAUUUGCAAAGUUUAGUUUUAGAUAUUCUUUUUUUUUUACCUUACUUGAAUCAAGAUUACCGAACAACUAAUAUAAACAAUGAGUGUUCGAAAUGUAUUCUAUACGGAAAUCAAUUUAAAAAUUAACUCAACCUAUUUAUGUAUAUUUUAAAACUGACAAUGUAUUAUAAAAGUAUAUAUUGUAAAUCAGACUAUAGAUCUUAGGACAUAUUUUAUAUAUAAUUGUAUUGUAUAUUUGACCAAGAAUUUUAUCUCACGAACUAAUAACAUAAUGAAUAGGAACAUUUCGUUAAGGAUGUUUAUAUGUUUUUGAGUGCCUUUAUGAGCAAAAGAAUCUAUCGAUUAGAAUUGAAAAUUCUUAUUAGUUAUAAUGUAAAAGCUUUAUUUUAAAUUAAAUAAAAAGAAAAAAAUCAA